UCUAUAAGCUUUAUAUGCGUCGCUAUGCGUGUACCAUUGCUACGUGACAUUUCUGAAAUAGAUAGGUUAUAUGUCCAAUGAAUUUGAGUGUAAAAAAAUAAGAACCUAAAAUGAGUGAAAAAAAUACUAACACUACUCUAGUACGAAGAGUUAAUAAAUUGCUUGAAUCAAGAGUAGAGCACGACAAGGAUACAUUGGAAGCCUUAAAAGAAUUAUCCACAUUUUUUACAGAAAAUACACUGAAUUCUCGUAGAAAUUUGCGCAGUAAAAUAGAGAGAAGAAGUCUUGCAAUAAAUGAAGAAUUUUUAUCUGCAUUUAGAGAAGUAAAAUCUUCUUUAGAUAACAUAUAUCAAGAUGUGUUAGCUAUGAAUACUGCAGUUCAAUGUAUGACAAAUCGCUUACAAGUUACAAAGACACAAACAUCACAGCUUAUUGAUCAGACUGCAAAGCUUCAAAAUAAAAGUCUAACUUUAUCUAUGCAACAGGAAGUUGCAAAUGCAUUUAUUAAAAAUUUCCAAUUGACUGCAUCUGAGCAAAGUAUUUUAUAUAGUUCUAGUAGGGAAUCACCUAUUACAGAAGAAUUUUUUUCUGUUGUUAAUCGUGUUCAGGAAAUUCAUAGCAGUUGUAGAGUAUUAAUGCAAUCAGGACAUCAAACAUUAGGACUAGAUAUUAUGCAAAGAAUGACUUUGCUGCAAGAGGCAGCUCUUGAAAGAUUAUAUAGAUGGACACAAAAUCAAUGUAAACAUAUUGAAAAUGAACGAUUAGCACCAUUAUUAAUUAAAGCAAUGAAUAAAUUACAAGACAGACCAAUUUUAUUUAAAUACAUUUUAGAUGAAUAUUGUGCAGCUAGAAAAACUGCUUUAGUGACAUCUUUUAUGGAUGCUUUAACAUUGGGAGAAAGAUACGGUAGUACACCUAAUCCUAUUGAAAUGCAUGCAAAUGAUCCCAAGAGAUAUGUUGGUGACAUGCUUGCUUGGCUUCAUCAGAUUCUUCCUGUUGAAAAGGAAAAUAUUCUAACUUUAGUAAAAGGCUGUGAUAAAGCAGAUGUAUCAGACCAAAUUAAACAUUCUUUAAGUAAUAUCACAGAAGGACUUUGUCAUCCUUUGAAAUCAGGAAUAGAAAACGUUAUAUCUGUAGAUGCACCAGCAACAACAUUGUAUUCUAUUACUACACUUCUUAGAUUUUAUCAAAUGAUAAUUCAACACGUAGUACCAGGCAGUACCUUAGAUUCAACAUUAACAGAUUUAUUAACACUAAGCGAAAAAAGUUUUCUAAGUAGACUUCAAAAGGAAACGCGUAUUGCACUUGGUGAACGUGCAGAACCACCAGGAAAUGAUUUAGUACCUGCUCCAUCUGUCUCCAGACUACUGUCACUUCUUAAUGAAAUUCUUUCUGUAGCAAGUAUCACAGAAGAUAGAGAAAAAGAUAUGUUACAGAUCGUAUCAUGCAUUAUUGAUCCAUUGCUGCAAGAAGUUAAUGAAACAGCAUCAAGAUUACCUACAGUGGACAUGGCUGUAUAUCUUUUAAAUUGUAUGCAUCAAAUACAAUCUACUUUAGCACUGUAUGAAUACAUGGAUCAGAGGUUAGAAAGAUUGCAGGCACAGUCUGAUGCACAAAUUGACACUCUUACAUCAGAACAAGCCAGUUCGUUAGUGGCACAUUUAAAUCUUGGUUCAAUUUACACUAUUUUGCAAGGUCACGAACAAGGUCCAUUGUCUUCUAUUCCUGGGAUGGAUUCUUUAAGUGUAAAAGAAUUUACAAACAAAUUAGAAGCGUUUUUAGUUAUGCCAGAUGUAUUGUUAUUACCACAAAUAAGUUUAUUACAAAGUAGUAAUCAUCGGUCAGCAACACAAAAUCGCUCCUUUGAAGUAAUUGGAGCUAUUUAUAAACAAUUGUACGAAGCUUGUCAUGACCCAAAAAAUUUAUAUCAAAAUCCAAACAGUCUGUUUUCAAGAACACCUGAGGAUCUUCUACAAACGUUAAUUUCAGUUUAA